CUUAGCAGAGUCUUACAAUAGUCUAUGGACACAGAGAACAUAUACAGUUUACGUGAUUCGAUUGUUCUGAUCUAUGCGUUUUUCUGGGUAGGCCUAAAUCCGGAGUGCUGGUGGUCGUGGGCUCAAGUUAGAUAUGGGAAAGGCGAGUAAAUGGAUGAUCAAGCUACUGUUAGGCAAGAGAGAAGAGAAAGGAAAGAAUAAAUAUAUUUCUUCAUCAGAAGAAAGUAAGUCAAUCUCAGCUCCAUCUUUUCCAGCAACUCCUUCUAGACAUCGAUGGAGCUUUCGAAGAUCAGCAAGUGAAGAAAGAGUUAACAAGAGUUCAAAGUCUUCUGAUUCAAUUAAUGCUUCCCCAGUCCUAAAACAUGUCAAUUCACAGCUCGAAAAAAAACAUCUGAACAACGUUAAAACCCUGAAAUUUUCAACAAAAUAUGGUGUUAGCAGAGCAAUUCAAGAUGCAGCUGCUACGAAAAUACAAGCCGCCUUUCGUUCUCAUUUAGCAAGAAAAGCCUUAUGGGCUUUGAAGGGUCUGGUGAAAUUACAAGCACUCGUAAGAGGUCACCUGGUAAGGAAGCAAACUACUGCAACUCUUCGACGAAUGCAUGCAUUAAUGGCAAUACAAGUUCGAGCUCGGUUUCAGAGAAUCCAGAUGACUGAAGAAUCCCAACUUGUUGCCAAAAGCCUGUCAUUAAGACAUGCAGAAUUCCCUCUUCACACCCAAAUCAACAAAACCCAAAUGCAAGAUAUUGGUGUGGGUCUUUAUGAAGAACCAGAAGAAUUGAAGAGCAAACAGAACAAUUGGAAUCAUCCAAAGAUUAGAAGAAGAGACAACGAAAUUGCAAGAUCAUCUUCUGGAGAAUUUUCAUUUAGAAUUCAAGAAGAUCAAUUAAGAGAUCUUGGCCUAGCAGGAAACAGUCCUUACCAAGGCUAUCAUAACAUGUCAAAGCCAAUUCCAGCAAGAGCAUCUUUCACUUACCAGCAACCAGAUUAUCCAAUAAACCCUUUAUCAAAUACAACUGAUUUCCAGUUCCGGCCACAUUAUAUGGCUAACACAACGUCCUCAAGGGCUAAAGUUAGAUCACAAAGCGAACCAAAGCAGCGACCCAGAUGGAAUAUGAAGCAGAAGAACAAGCAGACAUCUCCCCUGGAUGAAUUAAGAAAUAAUGGCUUGGUAGAUAGUAAUGGUUGUAAGUAUCAGUUUUCUUCUUCAUACUCAAAGCGCUUUGAUUAUGGUUAUGAAGGCCAUGAUCCUUGGUUUAUGGAACUUUAUCAAGCAACAAGAUCAUUAAAUGACAACGAGUUGAACACAGGCAGCGCAACAGAUGAUUCCGACUUCUCCAAGAAACUUCUUGCUUAUUCAGUAAGUUAAAUUAUAAGCCAGAUUGGUGAUGGUGCUUUCAUAGUAAGAGCUUCAAUUUGAAGCUUUGGAUUGGAAAAAGAAAAAUGUGAAGCUGGUUUGUAGUUAAUUUCAGUAAAAAUAAAAUUUAACCAUAACUUUAUUAGAUCAGUUAAACAAAAAAAUCAAGUGGUCAUGAAAA